CACCUGGCUAAAUGUCCUGCGUCUGUGUUUUAGGUCACAAAGAGAUAACCUUCCCACGGUUUGCGUAAACAGUGCCAGCGAAGUGACGUAGGUGUGUACAAAACAAGGGCAGGUCGCUGGGUGGGCCCGUCAGUAAGGGAGAGGUUCGGAUUUCGCACUGUGUACACUACUCAUUCACUUCACACAGUGACACGAGGCAGAGGUGACCUAUAGUUAUGCCUGUGCCGCAGAAGAUAUACAACAUGUCUCAAUGUUUCGUCGCCUAUAUCAUGACAUUUGCAGUACUAUGGAGCACUACAGAUGGUAUGCCGACAAACAAAGCACAGUGCCCAGAAGGCUACACGGACGGACAGUUUGCAGAGCUGUGCUUCAGACACGUGAGAACUCCCCUGCCCUACGGCAAGGCCGCGGCAGAAUGUGAUUCGGACGGCGGCAAACUUAUCACAGACAAGAACCGGGCCAAACACAACUAUCUCCUCAAAAGAGACUUCGCUAUGAGUUAUUGGGUCGGGCUAGACGACUUGGAGGAAGAAAAUAGCUUCGUGUGGAACGAUGGAGAAGUACUGACUGACUUCGCCCCCUUCUCGAAAACGUACCCAAACCAACAGAACAAUGACUGUGUAGUUUUGUCCAGACUUACGGACAUGGAGUGGCUUCCAUCUGACUGUCACCAAAACUUUGAGUUUGUCUGCCAAAAGGAACUUCUUUGGUAGCAGUAUAAGGUUAUUUCUGUAUUGCCAUUAUGAAAUUAUGUAACUCUUCGUUUUGUUUUUAGUGAACUAAAUUUAGUAACGUUAUAUUUAUGAGAGGACUCAACGGUUUUUGAAUCAAAAGAAUUUCCAUAAUAGAGUUUAAAGCUGUAUAUACAAGAUGAAUCCAGGAAUACAUGACUUUGAUGAUUCUAAGAUUUAGACAUUUGAUCAAUUGACAGAAAUAUACAACAAUGUGCAAUUCGUGUUAUAUUUUUAUUGAUGUGGUAUGAGUGCCGUAUGUAGAGUGUACAUUUCGAUUAUAUCAUAUAUAUAUAUAUAUACGUUGAGGACAUGAAACGGCCGUUUCGCAAAAGUGUGAUUAUGUAACGUUAUAUUCAAAACCAAAUGUUGUCAUAUGGUGAAAAUAAACACUUUCUGUGAUGUAUUCUAUGGA